GCCCCCAGCGCCCUGCCGGAAGCCGCUGCGGCGCCUUCCGCCCUCGGUCACGAUGGCGGCGGCUGAGCGGCUGCGGCGCCGGCUGCUGCUGGCGGUACCGUGGCGCUGGCGCUGCAGCCCUCGCCGCGGAGCUGCCUGUUGCCCGCCGGCGGGACAGAUCCGUGACACCUUCCUCCGCUUCUUUCAGGAACGCUACGGCCACCGCCGCCUGCCUUCUGCCCCCGUGCGGCCCCGUGGGGACCCGCAUCUCCUCUUCGUCAAUGCGGGCAUGAACCAGUUCAAGCCCAUUUUCCUGGGCACGGCGCACCCCCGAAGCGAGCUGGCACAGUACCGGCGGGUGGUGAACAGCCAGAAGUGUGUGCGCGCCGGAGGGAAGCACAACGACUUGGAGGACGUGGGACGAGACACUUACCACCACACCUUCUUCGAGAUGCUGGGGAGCUGGUCCUUCGGCGAUUACUUUAAGGAAGAAGCAUGUAGCAUGGCCUGGGAGCUCCUGACAGAAGUCUACCAGAUCCCUAGGGAUCGUCUCUACGUCACCUAUUUUGGUGGAGACCCUUCACUGGGACUGUGUGCAGAUGAAGAGUGUAGGGACAUAUGGCUCCGCCUGGGGGUGCCUGCCAGUCACGUGCUUCCUUUUCCAUUGAAGGACAACUUCUGGGAGAUGGGAGAUACAGGUCCCUGUGGUCCCUGCUCAGAGAUCCACUAUGACCACGUGGGUGGUGGCAGAAAUGCUGCUACACUGGUGAACCAGGGCAGCCCUGAUGUCGUGGAGAUCUGGAAUUUGGUCUUCAUUCAGUACAGCAGAGAGGUGAAAGGGAAUCUGCUUCCCUUGCCGCAGCACCACGUGGAUACAGGAAUGGGCCUGGAAAGGCUGGUGACAGUUCUGCAGAACAAACGCUCCAGCUAUGACACAGAUCUCUUCACUCCGAUCCUGGAUGCUAUUCACAAGGGCUGCAGGGGGCCCAAAUACCAAGGUCUGGUCGGGGAUGCUGAUGUUGGGCAUGUAAAUAUGGCCUACCGUGUGGUUGCAGAUCAUGUGCGCACCUUGUGCGUGUGCAUCACUGAUGGCAUCUACCCAGGCUUCUCUGGAGCAGAACUGGUGCUGCGUCGGAUCUUGCGCAGGGCUGUCCGCUUUUGCUCUGAAGUCCUCCACGCGCCACAGGGGCUCCUGGCCUCCCUGGUGCCUACUGUGGUGGAAGUGCUGGGAGAUGCCUAUCCAGAGCUGACGAAGAAUGCAGACCAGAUCAUGGAUGUCAUCAAUGAGAACGAGGUAGCUUUUCUGUCCUCCCUUGAGCGUGGGAGACGCAUCAUUGAGCGGACAGUGCAGCAGAUGGAGCCCUUCACAGAUUUUCCAGCUGAAGUAGCCUGGUCUCUCUAUGGGAAUUUGGGAUUCCCCCUGGAUCUGAUUGAUUUGAUGCUUGAAGAAAAAGGAAUUAGGUUGGAUUCAGCUGCUUUUAACAAACUUGCUCUGGAAGAUGCAAAGCAAAAGGCUGGUAGCCCACAGGCAGGACAGCAGAAGGACACAAAUGUGCACCUUGAUGUGCACUCGCUGGCUCAGCUGCAAAGCAACAACGUGCCUGCUACUGAUGACUCUCCAAAGUACGCCUACGCGCUUGGGCAGCAUGGGCAGUACGAGUUCAGCCCAUGCCAGGCCACUGUCCUGAUGUUGUACAGGGAUCAGUCUCUCCAGAAGGAGGUUGGGCCAGGACAGCGGUGUGGUGUCAUCUUGGACAGAACUAACUUCUAUGCCGAGCAGGGUGGGCAAGCCUCUGACCAAGGCUACAUGAUAUGUUUAGAACAGCAGGACAUACUCUUUCCUGUAGAGUCAGUCCAUCUCUGUGGUGGUUACGUGGUCCAUGAGAUUACUGCUGUGGAAACCCUGCGUGUUGGUCACCAAGUGCAGCUUUUUGUGAACGAGGCUCAGCGGCUGGCCUGUAUGACAAACCACACUGCUACCCACCUGCUGAACUUUGCGCUUCGCCGUGUCCUGGGUGACGCCACAGAGCAGCGAGGGUCCCAUGUGACAGCAGAGCGACUGCGCUUGGACUUUGACACCAAGAGCCCUGUGAGUGUGGAGCAGCUGCAGCAAGUGGAGCAAGUGGUGCAGGAUGUGAUCAAACGAAACGAGGCUGUGCAUAUAGCUGAGAUCCCCCUCGCACUGGCAAGAAGUGUGCAGGGACUCCGUGCAAUGGAUGAGAGCUAUCCAGAUCCAGUGAGGAUAGUGUCCCUGGGGGUCCCUGUGGAGAGUGUGCUGACCUGCGACUCUGAGGCUGCCAUGCAGACCUCUGUGGAGCUCUGCUGCGGGACGCACCUUCUGCAGACAGGAGCUGUGGAAGAUCUGACCAUCAUCAGUGAGCGUCAGCUUGUUAAAGGGGUUAGCCGAGUCAUCGCAGUGACAGGGCAACAAGCCAAACAGGCCCGGGAAGUAGGCAAGUGCUUGGCUAUAGAGGUGGACUCUCUCUCCCUGCGAAUGCAGCAGGGGAGCACCUCCAUUCCUGAGAUGCAGAACCUCUCCAAAGAAGUUGGCCAGCUGACCAAAGUGGUGACUAACACUGCAAUACCCCAGUGGCAAAGAAAAGAACUGCAGACUGUCCUCAAAGCACUACAGCGAACAGCCAACACGGCCAUCAAGAAACUGGAGUUGCAGGAGGCUGAAGAGAAGGCAAAAAGCCUGCUACCAAAACAUUGCAACCAGCCUGUCAUCGUUGAUACCAUCCCAGCUGACUCUCUCUCUAUCCUAAUGAAGGUAGUGAACCAUCUGUGUGACAAGUGUCCUGGCACAUCAGUCUUGCUCCUCAGCCCUCAGGCUUCUGGUGAGGUGCUCUGCGCGUGUCAGGUGUCCAAGAAUUGUCUUCCUGUGUUCUCAGCUUCUGACUGGGCCGUGGCUGUCUGUACAGAGAUGGAAGGAAAGGCAGGAGGUUCUCCUGUCGUUGCCAAGGGCAGUGGAAAUGCCAAGGGCAUGCAGAGAGCCCUGACUGCUGCACUAACGUUUGCUCAGAGUAAACUCUGACAUAUAACUGUAAUGCUUUGGUGGUAGGACAGCUGUAUGAAGACCAGCUGCAAGCCAUGCAGACACUUGAUGCAGAGCAUGUGUUAUACUCUGCUGAUCUGAAAUGUUCAGCAGCCAUCACACUGAACAUUGCUGUGACCAAUGCAUUUCACUUCUGGCCAUCUGAGAUCGGGAUGAGCCCCAUCCCACUGCCAGAAGGAUACUGCGUGUUCUCAGCAUGGACACAUGGAGGUUGAGCCUCAGAAAGCACCAGCUGCAGCAACAGAUCGUGUUUCUCCUGGAACAGAGUGGUUCAUCCUACAAGACCAGCAUCAAGAGGCAACCAUGAGAGCAGGCGGGGAUGGCACAAUGUUACUUUAAAGCCAUUAAAUGGCUGCAUCUUUUUCUUCUUUUUGUUUUCUUCUCUGCUCUGGUGAAGGGCUCUGUUCUGUCCCUGCUGCCCCACAAAUCAGCAAACACUCUUCUCUAAGCAGUCCCAUCCUACUGCAGAACUCAGGAAAUCAUUCUGAUUAAAAAUGCUACUAUACUUUAGAAACAGGAAGUGACUUCCUGCCUUGCUUUCAGGCUCAGCCUUGUUAGGCUACACAAGCUGGGGGAAUUGCUCUGCAGCAGCCAUGCACCUCUGGGAUCAGUCACACACAGGUUUGGUGUCGAUAUUCCUCAACCUCUGCAACUUCAGCUAGAGCUGCAGCUCCUUCUCCAUGCCUGCAGCAGACCCAACAUCCCCUGCACUACCUUUCUAGAAAUGUUAAAACCUGCCAGGUCUCUAAGUAGGGCUGCAGCUUGCUGCAAUGGUGCUGGCUCUGCUCCUGCUUCAGUCUUGGGGGACAGACCUAACAGCUUGGAGCCCAUUUUCUUUCUCCUUCUUUGCUGCUCUUGGCCUUUCUGGUCAUGAAAUACAGUAUUUAAUUUCUUCUAUUUGAGCCUGUAAGGAUUAUGUAGGUCAUUAAUGAGGCUACAGCAUAACCAAGUCAUGAUAUUACUAGAUCUCAUAAGCUCAGUGCCAGAAAAAAGAUCUUAGCCUACCGGUGUGAAGUUUUGUGGGCACCCCAGGCUGGUGAAGUGGGGUUGAUGCAGUAGAAAUGCUGGGCCAUCACUGAUUCUAGGAGACAGCAUUUCCUGCUAUUCUCCUGGCAAACACCCCCCCCCCCCCGGUGCACAGACUUCAUCCCAUCCUCCCCUUUCCCUGCUGCAGAAGGACAAUAACCUCAUGUCCUGUGCUGCAGCUGUGGUAGCUGCCACAUUUCUGCCUGGAACAGCCUGCCUUUCAGUGGCAAGUCAAGCAAUGCUUAGGUGGGGGGCUUGGGGGAACAAGAUGGGAGUUUUAAAUGUUGUUGUCUGGCUGAAAUAGCAGCCUGCAUUGCUUUAUCCAAGGUGUAAGCAGUAUGCUGGGCACACGUUUGCAACUCCAAACAUGCACUCAGGAGAGACGGCAGGGAGCAAGAAACUAAUUAGAGACAUGAUGGGGGUUUUUGCUGUGAGCAGGUGCUGUCACAUUGGCAACACCUCCCUAAGUCCAGAUGGACCUCAAGGUCCUUUCAGGGUGUAU